AAACUCAAUAUUAUAAAAUUUUUGUCCUCAAGGCUUAAAUUUAAUGCCGUUUUGUUGUACGUAUCGUUAAACAGCCUUUACAGUGAUAGUUGGAUAAAAGAUUGUAUUUUCUUUGUAUUGAAAUAAUAGAUCAAGUUGUUAGUACUGAAUCUGUUAUAAUGGCUGAUCCACGCAAACUGCCAGACUGCCCAGGGCGGAAUAUCGUAAUUCUAGAAAGUCUCAUUACGAAUGGACCUAAUCACGAAUGCUUGUCUCAGUGCCAGUUACUGUGUUGAAGUCUCCUGACGGCAGUAUCAAGCUGGAGGACAGUAACAUCCCACAACAGCGUAUGAAUGCCCUCCAUAGACCCAGGGGCAAAAUGCGGGGUCCCAUCCAUCACAGACAGCCUGCGGUCGAACUAUCUCUGGAGGAUGCUGCUAAGAGGGAGAUGCAAGCGUUGCCAUCCAAGACACCAGUAUCAGUGCUGCAAGAGCUGCUGAGUCGGCGAGGUACAACGCCCAAGUAUGAGUUGGUGCAGGUGGAGGGAGCUAUCCAUGAGCCCACCUUCCGAUACCGAGUCACUGUUGCUGAAGUUGUUGCCAUGGGAAUUGGGAGGUCCAAGAAAGAGGCAAAACAUGCAGCUGCCAAGAAUGUGCUGGACAGACUAAUCGGGAAUGCAGAUCCUAAUAUGAUCAAUUCUAUGACAAACUCAAUCAAUGAACAGCUCUUGACAGGGAAUAUGGUUUCACCGUAUGAGGACAAGAUUGGAGGUAACCCAAUAGGUCUCCUGCAGGAACUGUGCAUGUCGCGACGAUGGCCACCACCCACCUACUCGACCGAGCAUGAGGAGGGGUUACCCCACGAGCGCCAGUUUACCAUCGCCUGCCUUGUCUUCAAAUUUAAGGAAAUAGGUAUGGGAAAGUCCAAGAAACUAGCUAAGCGACAGGCUGCCAACAAAAUGUGGAACAAACUCAAGGAUAUUAGUGUGGAAACCAACAACAUCUCAUUCAAUCUGGAGGAUGAUGAUGAGAUAACUCAGCGCGUUUCCCAGAUCAAUCACGAAUUUGGUGAACUGAAAGAGGCAAAAAUUCCGACCUUGACGACCCCACAUAGUCACAAGGUGUCUCAGUUUCACAAGAACCUCAAAUCUUCUUUUGGUGAAAAGCUUAAUGAGUUACAGACGGUUGUGCUGAAGAAUCAGGGCUUCAACUUUGUACAGUUCUUACAAGAAAUAGCAUCUGAGCAGCAGUUUGAGGUCACUUACGUAGAUAUCGAAGAAAAGUCCAUGACAGGAAAGUAUCAGUGUCUGGUACAACUGUCCACCUUGCCUGUAGCGGUGUGUCACGGCUCUGGGAAUAGCUCUAAGGAAGCUCAGACGGCUGCAGCACACAACGCUCUUGAGUACUUGAAGAUAAUGACGAAGAAAUGAACAUCUCCCGGACCCGAACUGGAAGGAGACUGUUGGUAGCUGCCUCUUCUACAACCGUAUGGAGUCCGACAUAUGACUUAUCCCCUAGGCUCCAUACGGUUGCAGCGAGCGCAAAGAAUCCACAAGUCUCCUCUUCAUUCGGCUGGUACCAAACACUUUGACGACGUCCACUCGAUGGGCGUGUACAAUUAUUUUCCCUGAGAAUAGAUUUUCCUUUCUUGUUUGUGCUACCUCAUUAAGUGUUGCACUGAGCUUUUGCUUUUAGAUGUUUAUCGUGUCUGUUGUCCAGAUGACAAAAAAAAAUGUUCAUGUCUGUUUUCUAGACAACAACAAAAUUUGAAAUUGUCUAAAGGGAAAUGUAAUAUCGGGGUGGGACCAUCUUGGACAGUUAUUUCAACCUCUUUACUCGCAGAUUUUUAAUUUUAUUAAUUUUGCUGACGAUUUAAUCUUAAAUGUUAUUGUUUAUUGUUACCUGUCAAACAAGAAUUAAUUAUAAAGUUCUAUCUUUACAUUAAACAAGAUGUUAUUCAAGGUGUUUUUUUUUAUCUUGAAAUAUUUAAAUUAGAAAUUCAAAUUGUUUCUUCCAAAUUUAUGACAGUAUUUUUAUACUUACAUUCAAUUGUACUUUUAGAAUAAAAUGUCUUAUUUUUAACACUUGUUAAUGAGUUCAUAAUUGGCUUGUCAUUUUAUUUUAGAACACAUAUCAUUAUGUUUCAGAAAAUCGUGUUGGGAACGAACAUUGUGAUUUUUAUGUCAGGGUGUAGUAAUUUGUAAUGUUUCCAUAACAUUUUUGUUAUAUUUCUGCAUGAUAAUUACAACCUAACUCAAUUCUGCAGCUAAUUAUUCAGUUGUUAAUUGUGUUAAGACAUUUGUGGAAAUUAACGAUGAAUUGACACUUUUGAAUGCUGCACCUGUAAUCCAUGGCUCUUUUUAGAAUAAUGAUUGUUUUUAAUAAUUUCAAACAAAUAAUUGCUUGCAUUCAGUAUAUGGUAUAAAUGUUUUAAUGAAAUGACUCGAUUCUUCUUACUUUGUUCUUUCUUGGAAAACAAUUUUUUUGAAUAAUUAAGUUUAAAAUUUAUAAAUAUUGGGAGCAUGUAAAUAAAACACAUUUAAAAAUGUUUCUUGUGUUCAGAAUAAUUGUCAAUACUUUUUAGCAAACAUUGAAUUAGAUUUUGUAUUGUUUUAUGUGUAAUAUAAUUUGAAACAUAAGUUUUUACACAAUGUAACUUACAAUAUUAGCAUUUGCUGCUUUCUCUCAUUGAAUCAUUUUAGUAACAUGGUUAGUUAAAUCUUAAACAAUUGAUUCUGUCAAAUUACGUAAUCUGCAUUUAACACAUCUUCAUCAACACUUGUCUUUUUCCUCCUUGCCAAGAUUUUUAAUUUGGUCAAACUAUUUGUAAAUUUUCAUCCAGUAAGUACAUGGAAGAUUUGUUGUGGUAUGUAUGUAAGAAAAACAAUAUUUUAGUUUAGUUUUAAAUCACAAGUUUUAUAAAAUCUAAAAUUGAGGUGAUGGAAAAUAAAUUUUAGGUUUUACUCGAUUUAGAUUUGUACUCAUCAUCAAACUUUUUUUAAAUAAGUAUUAUUUAAACAUUAAAAAUAUACAUAAGUCUUGUUGGAAAAUCGCAGCACUGUGAGUUAAAAAAGGUUGAAUUUUCUUUCCAAGGUGGUCCAAAUUUCCAGAGCAAGGCUGUUUAUCUACAAGCUAUACUUUGCAUAGAACUAGUGGGAUUUUCCCCUUCUCACAUUUGGAGGGACACUACCAGAAAAUUGCAAAAAAGGAGAGAAGUUCUGUUUUUUGUUCACUGUGUCAUCUUUUUUUGUGUUUUGUAUUUUUUGUAGUUUUCCUCUGGUGAGUGCUGGUUUUAUGGACCGACUACUUUUGGAAAAUGGGCAUUAUUUUAAUGCAAAGUAUAGAGGUUGUAAUAUUUGAUCUAGUUGUAGUUAUAAGUUUAGUUCCUUAGCUAUAGAUGUAUGUACUUUAUCUUUGAUGUAUUUUAAAGAUUCACUAGUAUAAAGAAAGCAUAAUCACAACUGAUAUUGUUAAAUAUGUUCUCAUUUCUUAAAAGUUGAUUUAAAAAUUGUGAUGCCUGUAUGAACUUUGUUAAUUUUGUUGCUGAAGAGUUGAGCUAUUUAAUUUUCAAGUGUUUAAAUUUGUGUUGUUAGAACGAAAGAGUUAAUUAUUUUCUUUUCAUGUAGAUAUGGUUUAAAAUAGAAUAAGUAUAAUUUGUCAAUCAAUUUAAUCUGUAACCACCUCAUUGUCAAAUUAAUUCAGAAUUCCAUCUGUAUCAACUUUUGAGAAGUUAUGUGCUAGUAAAAACAUAGAACAGAUGAUGUGUUAGAAUUGAUACUUUUUACUCAUACAUACCCAAGGUUUAACCAAGUUUUUAGAUUAUUCUGUAGGAAGAAGUGUUAUACUUGUUUCUGCUUAUAAUCUAUCUAAUGGUUAUGCUUACCAACCUAAUACUCAGUUUAUUGACACGUAUGUUGAACUUGCCAAUUAAAAGAGUAAUAAAUCAAAACUUAAAUAGUAAUAA